UGCUCCUCCUGCUGCUGCUGCUGCUGUGAAAUUCGAAGGACAAACUAAAACCAGCAGGAUGAAGGUGAAAUGGACCCAGCUGGGUUUGGUGUUCUUCCUCAUAUUGUCACUGGUGAUGACAGGAUGCUUCUUCUGGCAAUAUCAGAUGCCAAAAGUCCAGCCAGAUGAAGGAAUGGGUCGCAGUGCCAAAUCAGAGAUGAUGUGUCCCCGUUUCCCCGAGCCUCUACCUCUGGAGCAUCCUAUCCCCAGUCUAAAAGAAGCACUGGAAAAGGUGGACGUUUUGCUUCGGCAGACCAUCAACCCUAUCAGCCUUCCUGCCUUGUCGGCCAUCGUAAUCCUAAAUGACACUGUUUUGUGGACAGGUAACUUUGGGAAGCGGAAUGCCAGCGACCCUCACUCAGGACCAACAAACGAGUACACAAUGUACAGAAUUGCAAGCUUAUCAAAACUUUUUCCGACGCUGAUGCUGUACAAGCUGUGGGAGGACGGGAAGAUUGGCUCCCUAGAUGACCCUCUGGAGAAAUAUGUGGAGAACUUCACCAUCAAAAACCCUCUGGGGAAGAUGCGAGACUCCGAGUUGAAAUAUGUGACAGAUGGCCUUAUAUUUCUCGACAGUGGAGAAGUUCAGAUCCGCUCAUCUUCAGUCACUCUACGGAGGAUGGCUAGCCAGCUCUCAGGCCUGCCCAGGAGGCUCCGAGCUACAAAUUUGCUUUGGAAAGGAAAAACUCAAUCUGCAAUCAAUCUUCUACAAGAUGAUGUCCUCGUCGCGGAUCCAGGCACCAAAUGUCACUACAGUAACCUUGCCUUCUCACUACUCGCUCAUGUGAUGGCAGAGCGAGUGGCCGGAGUUGACUACCAGCGAUGGAUCACAGAGAACAUCCUGGACCGGCUGGGGAUGGAAGACACCAGCUUUGACCUCACCCCAGGGAUGCAGAGCCAAUUGGCUGUUGGAGUGUACUCAAAUGGAAAACCAGCCCCACUCUAUGACCUCGGCUGGUACCGGCCUUCUGGUCAGAUGUUCUCGACAGCUGCAGAUUUGGCCAAGCUCGCCAUGAUGCUACUGGGUGCGUAUCAUCGCAAGCUGCUGGAACCAGACUCUUUGAAGAUCAUGCUGACCCCACUCUUUAGGUGUGAUAAGGAUUAUUUUGCUAACCGUACUGGAACACCAUGGGAGGUGAAUGAGCUGAUGGGCUAUGAAUUGUUGCGUAAAGAUGGGGAUUUGGAUGGCUACUCUGCCACUUUUUCCCUGGUUCCCAGACUGAAGCUUGGCCUAGUGGUGCUAAUGGCAGGCAGCCGAUCUCAGAAACAGGAUGUGGUCACAAAGGCCUACAACCACAUUGUCCCAGCCAUAGAGAGAGCCUUCAGAGAGGCCAAAAAGGUCCUUGUUGCUCCUCCAAACCCUGAUCAUUACAUUGGAUUUUUCACUUACAGCAACAUAACUUUCUAUGAGAUCAAAGUAGGGCCAGACGGAGUCCUGAUCAUGCAGCAGUUUGGUCCUCAGAUUGAAGAGCUCAUACCAGAGAAGUACAGGACAAUAAAACUUAACUACCUGGUUGAACGUGUGUUUAAAGUGGUGUUUGAAAAAGAGUACCCUUGUGUUUUGCGAGUCGGCACCGCUUCAGUGUCCCUGGAAGCCCAAGAUGGCCAAUUAUUUAACUUCUACGUGUUUAAUAAGCAGGGUUUAUCUCCAGGUUUUGAUGCGCCAGGGCUGAACACAUAUAACGUGGUCAGAAUAGCCCGUAGGCCGUCCUUCUCCAGCUGAAUUGCAACCGUGUUUUGGCCUAAAGACAAACAUUGUGUCCUUGGGAUGUGAAAGGGGAUGUAAAUAGACAUUAAAAAAUAUCAAAAGACUGAAGUGAGAUGUCGCGAUUAUUCUAGAGGUCAAAGACAUGAUUGUGCUCUUGAUAUACAGUGAGCACAGAUAAGCAUGGCAUCAUGUUCAGCCAGCUGUAUAAUGUCCUUCACAGAAAAUGUAUUAAAUUCACUUCUGAAUGAUGUAUAUGAAUAUCCUUCUCACACUGGCCCUUCAUUACACUUGAGAAC